AGGAGCGGUCCUAAUCUCUCACAUGUACCGCUGUGUGCAUGCCUGAGGUGAAACAGUUUCAGAAAGGGGGGAUAAAGCACAUUUUAUGAUAUUUACUGCUGUUGGUCUAAAAGUAUUUUUACAUUAUGAGCUCCCAGAUUACGUGUGUCGGGUGGGUGAAGCGUGGCGUUGCCAAGGAAACCCCUGACAAGGUCGAGCUGAGUCAAGAGGAGCUUCAACGCAUCAUUACCGAAGCUAGAGAAGACCUGGGGGGCGCAGAAGGGGAAGAUGAAGAUGAGGAGGAAGAUGAAGGUAUUCCACGUGAUGACGAGCCAUCUGGAGAAACAGUAGAUGAUGAUGAUGAUGACCUGGGUCUAAAGACUGGGAAUGAUGAAGAUGAGGAAGACGAUGAACUGGCGGAAUAUGGGCUGGACAAGUAUGAUGAAGAGGAUGCAGCUACUGCGAACCUUGGUGACAGUCUGGCUGGGCUCACAGUGUUCAGCUCUAAUGACGAGGAUCCCUACAUCACCCUCAAAGACACAGACCAGUAUGAGCGAGAAGACUUCCAAAUCAAACCCACCGAUAACCUCAUCCUGGCUGGCAAAGCGGAGAAGGACUGCUGCAACUUAGAGAUCUAUAUUUAUAACUCAGAGGAGGAAUCUAUGUACGUCCAUCACGACAUCCUGCUGCCAGCCUACCCGUUGUGUGUGGAAUGGCUGGAUUUUGAUCCCAACCCACAAGAGGGACGAGCUAACUACGUCGCCGUGGGCAACAUGACUCCACAGAUAGACGUGUGGGAUUUGGAUGUGGUGGAUUGUUUGGAGCCGGUCUUCUCCCUCGGGAGCAAAAAGGCCUCCAAGAAGAAAAAGAAAAGCAAAAAGGGUGCAGCAGCGGAGCCUGUGGAGGGACACACAGAUGCAGUGUUGGAUUUGUCCUGGAACAAGUUGGUCAGGAAUGUGCUGGCCAGUGGAUCUGCAGACGACACGGUCGUCCUGUGGGAUCUGUCUCAAGGCAAGCCGGCCACAACUCUGCGGAAGCAUACAGACAAGGUCCAGACAUUGAGAUUUCAUCCCUUCGAGGCACAAACCUUGAUAUCUGGAUCAUAUGACAAGACAGCCGUCCUUUAUGAUUGCCGGAAUCCAGACAGCAGCUUCAGAACCUGGAGGUUUAGUGGGCAAGUGGAGAGGCUGGUCUGGAACCACUUCUCACCCUUUAACUUCCUGGCCAGCACAGAAGACGGGUUCGUCUACUGUCUAGAUGCCCGCUCUGACAAACCGUUGUUCACACUAAAAGCACACGACGAAGAAGUGUCAGGUUUAGACCUCAGCAGCCAGAUCAAAGGAUGUCUCGUCACCUCAUCUGCUGACAAACACGUAAAGAUUUGGGACAUUUUAAGCAACAAGCCCAGCCUGGUGCACUCUCGAGACAUGAAAAUGGGGGUGCUGUUCUGUGCUUCGUGUUGCCCUGAUCUGCCCUUCGUCUACGCCUUCGGGGGACAAAAGGACGGCUUGCGGAUUUGGGACAUAAGUGAUGUUGCUGCAGUGAGCGAGGUGUUCGGCAGCCGAGAGCGCAUGACGGUGAACCCCGGAAGCCAGACUUCUGCAUCUGCAGCCACAGCAGACAUGGAAAUCUCCUAGUGACCUUCUGGAUCGUCUGUUUUUCUGUUGUGCCUUGCUGUGAGAAGUGCAGAAUUAGAUAAAUCUGAACUCACAGCGUUUAAUAAGGACUGACCAACAUGUAUCUAAAAAGACUGGAACACAAACUUGUUAAUAAAAUGGAAAUCACAAUAAUUAGAUGACAUUAUCUGAUGGAGGCAGAAAUGCAAUUUUUUAUAACUGCGCUGGUACACAUUGUUCACAUUUUCUCAGAUCUUUGCCCCCGUGCCUCUCUCUGUGCAUUACAAGUACAAAUCGCUAUUAAGAGUAGUAGUAGUGAUUUAACGUUCACACAAAAUACGUCAAUUAAAGUGUUUUAUAAUAAUUACAAAUGUAAAGUUACCAGAUAUGUUGCAGUUGAUUCUGUUUUUAUUUUUUUAUGUGGAUCCUAAUAUUACCAUUGGUUUUUGUUUGAUGUUCAGUUGUAAAACGGAACAUUUUGUUUAAAGUAGAUCAAAUGUGCUAUAGAUUGUUUAGAGAUAUCUUGCUGAGGUUUUGGUUCCUGUUCAUAAACAACAUUAGCACCAUUUAAAUCUGUUUAAAGCAAUUAAAAACUGUUCAUGAGUUGUAAUGAAUCGAAGUGGGUUUUGAAUAAAUUUUGUUGCAAUGUA